GAGCAGUACAUUUUCAUUCACGAUGCCUUGUUGGAAGCCAUUCUGGGAAAGGAGACAGAAGUCGCCUCCAAUCAGCUGCAUAGCUACGUCAACAGUAUCCUCAUCCCCGGCGUGGGAGGAAAGACACGUCUAGAGAAACAGUUCAAGUUGGUCACACAAUGUAACGCAAAGUAUGUUGAGUGUUUUAGCGCCCAAAAAGAAUGUAAUAAGGAGAAGAACAGAAACUCAUCCGUUGUGCCAGCUGAACGUGCUAGAGUGGGCCUUGCACCCUUGCCCGGAAUGAAAGGAACUGAUUACAUAAACGCAUCCUAUAUCAUG